AAACUCUCCUAUAAAUACCUCUAUGUCCCAAUGAAUCAAACACACCAACUUAGUUUCCUUAGUUUCAAGAUCUACAAAGCAAUUAGGAAAUUUAUCCAAAGAAAGACACUAUGGAGAAGUUAGCUCAUUUUGUUGCUUUCUUGCUUCUUGCAUCACUCUUCCAACCUCUCACUGCUCGAGAAUUGGAAAUUGAUGUCCUCCAACUUGACGUUUCUCAGUCUAGUUGUCCAGGAGUGAAAAAGGACACAUGGCCAGAACUUCUUGGGGUACCAUCUGCGUUUGCAAGACGAACAAUUAAGCAGGAAAAUCCAAAGCUAACAAAUGUUCCAAGUGUACUGAAUGGUUCUCCAGUUACAGCAGAUUUUAGAUGUGAUCGAGUUCGUCUUUUUGUUAAUGUCUUAGGUUUUAUUGUACAAACUCCCCGGGUUGGUUGAGGAAGUUAGAAAAUUUAUUCGCAUCGAGUGUUGUAAGUAUAUCUACUAGGUAGCCCCAAGAAAAAUAAUUGGAGCAGUAUGGACAUUGUCUCCAUGAAUUCCAAUGCUAUUUGGAGUGAUAAAUAAGUGUGGCUUUUAAUGUUUA